CAUCUUUCCUAUUGCAUUUGUUCAGUUUUGUUCAUCGUUUCGAUUUCCAUUGUUAGAAUUCAAAAACCUGAAUCUUCAUAAAUCGAUAAAAGAAAUCAUAGUCAUAAUUCACAGAUAAUGAAAGAACAGAAAACAAGUUAUGGAGUUGGAGGUACGGGAGGGUUACCUAAACAAAGGACGCUUUCUGAUCCAAACCUCUCGUUCUCAUUUUCAGACACGGAUGAAGAACUCAACAGCCGGCGUAGCGACUUUUCCGGCUAUGAUGCCCAGCGAACAAGCAUUGAGGGCUCACCAAUGAUGAAGUCACCCUGGAACCAGGGUACUCCUUUCCUUCCAUCUGCAUGGUCAAGCUCUAACAUUGAUGAUCCAAAUUGUCCUAAAAAUGGUCUUGUUGGCUCCUUGGUACGUGAAGAAGGCCAUAUUUAUUCACUCGCAGCCUGUGAUGAUCUUCUUUACACAGGUUCCGACAGCAAGAAUGUCCGUGUAUGGAAGAACAUGAACGAGUUUGCAGCUUUUAAAUCCAACAGUGGAUUGGUGAAGGCGAUUAUCAUAUCCAAUGGAAAGAUUUUCACCGGACAUCAAGAUGGAAAAGUUCGUGUAUGGAAACCAAGCCGUAGGAAGCCAACCCUUUACAAUCGUGUAGGCACCUACCCAUCGUUCUUUGCGAUCCUUAAAAGUUCAGUAAACCCAUGGCACACUGCAGUUUGGGUCAAACACUGUGAUGCCAUUUCGUGUCUUAGCAUGAAUGAAGAAGCAGGGUUGCUUUAUUCAGGGUCAUGGGAUAGGACCUUUAAAGUAUGGAAAACGUCAAACUCAAGAUGUUUACAGACCGUGAAGGCGCAUGAUGAUGCAGUGAACUCUGUUAUCUCCACCGUAGAAGGGUAUGUGUUCACGGGAUCUGCAGAUGGGUCCGUGAAGGUCUGGAAACGUGAAGGGAAAGGAAGAUCGAUGAAGCAUAUCUUCGUGAAGACUCUAUUUAAUCAAGAUAGUGCUGUGACGGCAUUGACAGCGUCUAGUACAGGCUCGUUUGUGUAUUGCGGGACAUCGGACGGAAUAGUGAACUUCUGGGAAGGAGGAAACGAGUUGGCUCAUGGUGGCGUCCUCAAUGGACACAAGUUAGCGGUUCUGUGUCUUUCGGCUGCUGGUAAUCUGGUGUUCAGUGGAUCAGCUGAUAAAAUGAUAUGUGUAUGGAGGAGUGAGGGGAUUAUCCAUACAUGCUUGUCGGUGCUGACUGGCCAUUCUGGACCGGUGAAGUGUCUGGCGGUGGUGCGGGAGGCGGAGUCAGACGGCGGUAAGGGAAGAUGGAAGGUUUAUAGUGGCAGUUUGGAUAAAUCGGUCAAAGUUUGGAGUGUGUCAGAGCUUGCACCUGACAUGCAAACAUUGGCUCUCAUGAAUGGAGACGUUUCAUUGGAUCAUAUACCAUCGGCAAAGUAUUGAGUGUUGUAUUUUUUGUUUUCAUGGGGUUCCGUUGUGUUAAGUCAUUAAGUGUUUAAGUGGUUAAUCUCCAUACAUGAAUUUCAACGUAAGAGAAUACCCUGGGGUUAUAUGCAAGGAGGAAACAAAAUGAUUAAUCGAGGAUUUUGGAUUCUUUGCUGGUGAAAAGAAUUACAAAUUAGAGAGUAGAAAGCUUUAGCAAGAGUGAAUGUAUUCUAUUUCUCAUGAAUUAAAAACGUAUAGC